CGUCUGCUGCAAGACUGCAAUCGUAAAAGCACAAAUUGCAGAAACAAACAAAACUCUAAAAUAAAUUAAAAUAAUAUAAUAAAAAACAAAAAAGGCACAUGCAACAUGUUGUUUCGAUUGCAGCAGCAGCAGCUGAUGCACACCAAUUAUUUACGCUUCUUCUCAUUCUCCUAUCAUCGCCAUAGCCGUACGGCAAAUCCACCCCUCGAGCUCCAAACUAGUACGUCUCUACAAAGAUCACAUCCUUCUGUUCUUAGAUCCAAGGCUGCAAGCAACUCUAAUCCUUUUCAAAGUUUUCUUUACUAGGGUUUCUGAUUUCUAAUUUGGGGCUAAAUAAUUUCAUUCAAGUUGGGAUGGAGGUUGUCGAUGUCUUGGACUCUAAACCCUCGGUCAUGGUGAAUGUUAAUACCGACAAUUCUGAGAACGAUCGUGUACUCGUUAAGAGGAAGACCUUGCAAGCUGUGCUCCAGCAGUGCCAGAGAGCUCUCGAAUUGCUCGAAACCACCGGCGGUGUUGCUGAUGAUGACGACGAAGACGAUGAAGGUGAAGAAGACGACAACACUGCGGAACCUUCCUCCGGCGAGGACCGGAGCAGCGGCGAGGCCGAGGAGUUGUGUGAGCUUCUUAAAUCUAGAGUUGAGUGCCCUGAUUUCCUUCAAAAGUUGGCUUGCGCACAAGCAUCUAUUCCACAAAAUUUGACAGCAGAAGAAGGUAAUUCUUGGGAUGUGGUCAGUGCUAAUGAUUUAUGGGAGGGAGAGAACUCUGAUUUGAAAGAAGAUGAGUAUGUUCUCGUGAGCCAGGAGGAUAUAUUAGAGGGCAUUGCAUGUUUUAUGACAGCAUACUUGGAGAGCAUUAAACAAACUAAGGAUUUGCCUCCUAAUCAACUCCAAGAAGCCCUUCGGAAAACAUUUUCGGUGAAAAAGAAGAAGGGAAAGCUUCGAAAGGCCUGGGAUGGAAGCAAAGUCAUUUACAAUGUAGCAUCCUGGGGGGCUACUGCAAUUGGGAUAUACCAAAACCCUGUAAUUAUAAGAGUUGCAUCCAAAGCCUUCUGGACAUCUUGCCAAGUUAUAUCAAAGCUUCUCUAACCUGAUCACUUUGGUUGAAAAUGGUAUUAUAGUUUGGAACUCAAGUGUAUUUGUGGGCUGUGGUUGCCAAUUCAAUUGGGUAUGGUUUCUUUCUUGUAACAUUAUUUGCCUUCUUUACUUGCUACGGAUCGAUUGGUGCUUCCUGUCCUGAUUGUAAUUUAAUCUUGUAAAUAUUUCUCUGUUCUACCACUCGACGCAGUUAUAUGUAUAUUUUUUUAAAUUUGUUCA